AUUCCUGGCUUCCUGGAGGAGGGGAAAUAUGGUAAUUCAGGCUGAAGGAGCUGGAUGGGGCCAGGGGCAGUGACUCACGCCUGUAAUCCCAGAACUUUGGAAGGCCUGAGACGGGAGGGUCGCUUGAGCCCAGAAGUUCGAGACCAGCCUGGGAGACAUGGCAAGACCUCGUCUCAAAAAAGCCACGCGUGGUAUGCGCCUGUGCUCCCAGCUGCUUGGGAGGCUGAGGCUGGAGGAUCGCUUGAGCCCUGGAGGUCGAGACUGCUGUGAGCCGUGAUCGCACCACUGGACUCCAGCCUUGGUGGCAGUGAGACCCUGUCCCCAAAGAACUGGGUGAUCUCGACCCUCCACAUCGCUGGCUCUCCACGGGCGCUGCACAGUGGAGACCCAGGAUCUGAUUGCAUAGGACUGGGCACUGGAGUUUAAGUUCUCCAGGGGGGUUUAAUAUGCAACGAAGUUGGGAACCACUACCAGUGAACCCCUUCAUUCUGUGCGGCUCCAGCUCCCGGAAGCCCUCGGACAAGGAACUGCAGCCCAUGUACCGCGUGACGUGAGAGCGGAGCCCGGGUCUGCCCGGGCGCGGGCCCGCGGCCACGGCGUUUGGAUCCCAGAUCCCAGCCCCCGCGCUCAGUCCGGGCUUCCUGACCGGCGCUCUCCGCGUCCCUUCUCGCGCGCCCUUACCUGGGGUUGGGGAGGUGGGGACAGAGCCGGGCGCAGUCCGGGGCACAGCCCUGAGGCGGGGCUGAGGGCCAGGCCGCCACGUCCCUGGACCCUGAAAACGGGCUCGGACCCCCGCUGCAGCGUGGACUCCGGUGUGGCCGCGGGGCGUGCAACCCGGACCCUGGCCAGCUCCGUGUCCUCCAGACCUUUACUCAUGGCCCCGCAUCGCCAGGCCGAGCUGCACCUUCGGUCCCCGCCCGCGGCAGCCGAGGAGAGGAGAGCAAGGCCCAGACAGGGGAGGAACCCACACAGCCUCUGUGCUCCAGCCUGCUUGAAAGACAAGGUCUACCUACAACGCAGAGAUGCACACAUUAAGGACAAUGAAACACCCAAGUGUUAGGAACCAGAAUAAUCAGCCCUAAUAGAGGGGAGGCUGAUCAGGGAGGGCCUCCUGGAGGAGGAGGCACAACAUCAGGGUGCACUGUGAUUUCUGGAGACCCAAGGAGUUCUGGUAAAUGACAGAUGGUUCUGAGACUUUGGAAAGAAAGAAAAGGAAAAAAGACCCUGCCCGCGCCCCAGCUGGGCAUCCCUGGGAGGUCGCGAGGAUCCCCGGAGACCCAGACUCGGGACGGGGCGCCCCCGGCCAGAGCGGCCCCUGGCUGCCUCCCUACGCCCCGCGACUCCGGUCCGGACGCCGAGGGCCUCGGCCUGCCCCUGUCCCCCGGCCGCCCCCCACCUGCUCCGGCCCGGCGGGGCGGUGCUGGGCGCCGCGGGCUCCCCGGCCGCAGUGCAGCCGCAGCGCCAGCCCCGCCCCGCCCGCGCCUCCCCGCCCCCCCCGCGCCUCCCCGCCCCCCCCCCGCGCCCGCGGCCCCAAGCGGUUCCCGAGCCCAGGCCCGCGCCGAGCCCAGGUCCUACAGCAGCUCCAGCAGGAUGGCGGCUCCAGCGUCUCUAAGGCCUGCAGGGGGUCCAGCCCCAUGGGGGGCGCCCUAGGCCUCCGACAGCUCCCCAUCUGUGCUCCUGCCUGCCGGCCAUCCUCAGGCCACUCGCCAUGGGCGGCUGCUUCUCCAAACCCAAACCAGUGGAGCUCAAGAUCGAGGUGGUGCUGCCUGAGAAGGAGCGAGGCAAGGAGGAGCUGUCGGCCAGUGGGAAGGGCAGCCCCCGGGCCUACCAGGGCAACGGCACGGCCCGCCACUUCCACACGGAGGAGCGCCUGUCCACCCCUCACCCCUACCCCAGCCCUCAGGAUUGCGUGGAGGCUGCUGUCUGCCACGUCAAGGACCUCGAGAAUGGCCAGCGUUCUGUCCCGUGGUCGGGUGCGCUGCCCCUGGCACGGCGCCUGCUUCAACAUCAGCACUGGGGACCUGGAGGACUUCCCCGGCCUGGACAGUCUACACAAGUUCCAGGUGAAGAUUGAGAAGGAGAAGGUGUACGUCCGGGCCAGCAAGCAGGCCCUACAGCUGCAGCGAAGGACCAAGGUGAUGGCCAAGUGUAUCUCUCCAAGUGCUGGGUACAGCAGUAGCACCAAUGUGCUCAUUGUGGGUGCAGGUGCAGCUGGCCUGGUGUGUGCAGAGACACUGCGGCAGGAGGGCUUCUCCGACCGGAUCGUCCUGUGCACGCUAGACCGGCACCUUCCCUACGACCGUCCCAAGCUCAGCAAGUCCCUGGACACACAGCCUGAGCAGCUGGCCCUGAGGCCCAAGGAGUUUUUCCGAGCCUAUGGCAUCGAGGUGCUCACCGAGGCUCAGGUGGUCACAUUGGACGUGAGAAAUAAGAAGGUCGUGUUCAAGGAUGGCUUCAAGCUGGAGUACAGCAAGCUGCUGCUGGCACCAGGGAGCAGCCCCAAGACUCUGAGCUGCAAAGGCAAAGAAGUGGAGAAUGUGUUCACCAUCCGGACGCCAGAGGAUGCCAAUCGCGUGGUGAGGCUGGCCCGAGGCCGCAAUGUGGUCGUCGUGGGAGCCGGCUUCCUGGGGAUGGAGGUGGCCGCUUACCUGACGGAGAAGGCCCACUCUGUGUCUGUGGUGGAGCUGGAGGAGACGCCCUUCAGGAGGUUCCUGGGGGAGCGCGUGGGUCGUGCCCUCAUGAAGAUGUUUGAGAACAACCGGGUGAAGUUCUACAUGCAGACGGAGGUGUCUGAGCUGCGGGGCCAGGAGGGAAAGCUGAAGGAGGUUGUGCUGAAGAGCAGCAAGGUCGUGCGGGCUGACGUCUGCGUGGUGGGCAUUGGUGCAGUGCCCGCCACAGGCUUCCUGAGGCAAAGCGGCAUCGGUUUGGAUUCCCGAGGCUUCAUCCCUGUCAACAAGAUGAUGCAGACCAAUGUCCCAGGCGUAUUUGCAGCUGGCGACGCUGUCACCUUCCCCCUUGCCUGGAGGAACAACCGGAAAGUGAACAUUCCACAUUGGCAGAUGGCUCAUGCUCAGGGGCGCGUGGCAGCCCAGAACAUGUUGGCGCAGGAGGCGGAGAUGAGCACUGUGCCCUACCUCUGGACCGCCAUGUUUGGCAAGAGCCUGCGCUACGCGGGCUACGGAGAAGGCUUCGACGACGUCAUCAUCCAGGGGGAUCUGGAGGAGCUGAAGUUUGUGGCUUUUUACACUAAAGGCGACGAGGUAAUCGCCGUGGCCAGCAUGAACUACGAUCCCAUUGUGUCCAAGGUCGCUGAGGUGCUGGCCUCAGGCCGUGCCAUCCGGAAGCGGGAGGUGGAGACUGGCGACAUGUCCUGGCUUACGGGGAAAGGAUCCUGAGCUCACAUGCAGUAGACUUGGGCAGGCAAAGGGGGCACCAAGGGCAUAGGCCAAGCCUUGGGGGCAGGUGCCAAUCUCCAGUCCCAGGAUCCCCCAGGGCAGGACCUGAGCCCUCCCAGUGCUUGCCUUCAGCCACCUGGCUCCCCUCUUGGGAGGCCUCUGCUGGAUCCAGAAGAUGCUCAACCCUCAAGGCCUCUGCUGCCACUGACAGCUGGCACUGGAGGCAGGACAAGCCCUGCCUCUUCUCCCUCUAUUGGGACUGGUCCCCUGAAGAACCCUGCAACAUGUUAGACAUUACCGUAAAAUUAAAACGCACAAAUUUGCAGAUC